GAUGGAGUGACAACUUUAUCAUUAUAUCCAUAUUGAUGUUGACGCUGGAGUUUAAAAAGUAUUGUCAACCCCAGACUUCAUCCAGCUCAGCCUCUUCCAGAGAAAACUUUGGAUUUUUGCCAAGAUGGUAACGGAACAAUAUAAAAGAGACAUAAAUGCUGCCGGUGUAUCAGUUUGCUGCCGACUAACGUGACUUCUGUACACUACAGUUAGCACAGAAUCUUCACAAAGCUGAAUCAAGUCAUGCUUCUGUUGCUGAUGGUUGCGUUGUCCUUGCUGGUCCACUCGGUUCCUGCCUAUAACACGUCCCUGCCACUGGACUGUGAGGAUGUUUACAACCUAAAGAUAAGCGUAAAGAAGAACGCCUCUGUUCCCAGUGGAGUGUACACCAUUUACCCAGCAGGGUCUAAUAAACCCGUGAAGGUGUACUGUGAUAUGGGCUGCCUGGAGAACGGUGGGCAUGACGAAGAGAAAUGGACUGUGAUUCAGAGGAGAAUCGACGGCAAUGUGAGUUUCUACCGGCCAUGGGAGCAAUAUAAGAACGGAUUUGGUGACGCCAAGGGUGAAUACUGGCUAGGUCUGGAGAACAUCUUCCUGAUGACCUACAGGGAGAAGUAUCAGCUGAGAGUGGACCUGGAGGAUUUUGAAAACGGCAGCGCCUACGCCCAGUACACUUUGUUCUACAUCAACCCAGAGUCCAGCAACUACAGGCUGAAUAUCGGUGGCUACAUCGAUGGAGGAGCAGGAGAUUCUUUGUCCUAUGUGAAUGGGAUGGACUUUUCAGCCUUUGACAGAGACCAUACAGGAUACUGUGCAGAGACGUACAGUGGAGGAUUCUGGUACACCUGGUGGUCGUGCCACCUCGCCAACCCCAAUGGCCUGUACAAAUACGGGCAUGUGAGCACAGGGUACACAGGGAUCAUGUGGCAGUCCUGGAAAGGUUACUACUACUCUCUGAAGAAGAUUGUGAUGAAGGUCAGACGGAUGGGUCUGGAAGAUCUUGAAAAUCUUUAGCUUUCCAGACCUAGAAAGCUAGAAGAGUAGAAUAGAGAGGAAUAAGUAUAAUAUCUCUAACUGCUGCUUCAGUAAAAUGGCAAGAAAAUUAAUCAAUUAAUCCUAAUCUUCAGUCUUUGGGUUUAUCCUGUGGUAUAUCCCUCCUGUAGUAUCCUCAACUCUAUUGAUUCUCAACUCUAUUAGUUUCCUUUUUUAAAUCUGUAUUUUGUUUCUGGUAUACAUUUAAAAUAUAAUAAUCAAAUCAAAUGUUGCUUCCUUUGUACUUCUUAUAAGCAAUGCUUUAAUUAAUUAAACCAUUUAAACAAGCCAUUAUAGAAUUAAGUAAACUUUCGGUGAAUAAAUUUCAUUGUGAAAUCAAUUUCAACUUUAUUUAUAGACAUUGUUGCAAAGCAGCUUUAGAGAAAUCCCUAAUAAAUGAUCCCUAAUAAAGCCAGAAGUGACACGCUGAAGAAAAACUCCCUGAGAGAACAUGGAGGACUUUUUGUGAAAGGUACAAUGGAAAGGAAAAUGUUGCACACGUGGUGUUCUGCCCAUAAAUAUCAUAAAGAUUAGCUCCUAGCUAGAAGGUGAACGAGGUAAUAUUUUGUUGCAUUUUUGCUGAAUUAAUGUAAAUUAAGGAUUUGCAGUGUUAUAUUAUCCACACUUCAUUUGGUCUUAAAUGUAUGGUGUGUAAAUACCAGACAACUCAUCGUGUCUUUCUACAAAUUUCAGCCCUCUUAGACAUUAAGUUGUUUAAAGUUAUGUACGUUAAUGUCACAUCACAGUGCUACGCAACCACCAUGGCCUACAGAUAUGGCUGCCUCGAACUACACUAUCCAGAACACACACACUCACUCGCUCUCAGUCACGAGCUUCUAAACUGUACACACCUGUGUUCAAUCAACCAUACACACACACACACACACACACACACACAAAGACUCUUCAUAAAGAGACUCUCUUCCAUUCAUGUUUUGCAAAGUAUACGCUCAGCAUUGUUCAAUUCAAUUCGAUUCAAUUUUAUUUGUGUAGCACUUUUCACAAUAGACAUUGACACAAAGCAGCUUUAUAGAAAUAAAUAGAUUCAAACUAAAUCAAACCAAAAUAAAUUGUAAAUAUGUGAAUUUAUUCCUAAUGAGUGAGCCAAAGGUGACGGUGGUGAGGAAAAACUUCCUGAGAUGAUAUGAGGAAGAAACCUUGAGAGGAACCAGACUCAAAAGGGAACCAUCCUCACCUGGGUGACACCCGAUAGUGCGAUUAUAAAUCAUUCCCUUCUAUAACUGUGUACUACAUGGACAAAUAGUGCAGUUGUGUAACCAGGAACUUCAUCACAGUUUUCACAAGAAGUCCAGUUUGUUAAACCUAUCCACUGACCACUGACGGAGUCCUGAGUCCUGAGCUCACACACACACACACACACACACAGACCCUUUAUAAAGAGACUCUCAUCCAUUCAUGUUUUGCGAUGUAUACACUCAGCAUUGUCUUUGUAUUCCUGAAUAUACCAAGCCUUUUGAUCCUGUUUUGCCUCUUUGUUAUUGACUUGAUCCAUUUCACAUUAUUUGCCUUUGUCUUGUCUAGUUUAGCCAGUGUGCUGAUCACAUGACCUUUUCGCCUGGUUUUUUGACUUUGACUCUACCAUAUGAUUUGGAAUUGUU